AUGUCCACGCCGUAUCAACCUCUAGCCCCGCCGGAAUCCGCUGCGCUGCGUGCGUUGAGGGAAGACCCGAAUGGCGGACGGUGUGCAGUGCAAAACUGCGUCGAUGGGUCCCCUGAACCUGUCGUUCCUUGUUAUGUCCUUCCGAAGGAAUUCGAGGCGCAUCAUGAGCUCAUGACCGCCUUUGAGUACAAUUUUGGGUACCAGCAUAUGAGUCUCAAUCUUGAUACGAGGAAGAAUAUAUUUUUUCGGUACGCACAUAAAGUGAGCGCGACGCUGCGAGACCUGUUCGUCCAGGGAAAGUGGGCGUUGCUCCCCGAGCAGUCUGUGCUGGAGCGGUAUUAUGGAGAAAGUGUUCAAGUACACGCUGUUGCGCUGGUCGCAGAGGACCAAUUCCCGAUCGCGUCCAUCCGUCGCUACUUGACGCCUAGCUCCGACGACUCCCGUUCGUGCAGCUCAUACACCACCUACACCAAGUUCCCCUUCGACGAUUUCCCCACCAUCACUUCGCACGUCCACCCAAACUUUGCUGUCUACAGCCUCGGAUACACCUCCGGGGUAUAUACGGGGACUCGCACCGCGAUUAUCUGGGUCUGGUGGAGAAAUAUCCGUGCGAAGGGUGAGGUGGAUUUUGGGUAUCGUUCCCGGAGGUCGCUGCCUGGGGACGUGGAGGACCAGGCUGUGUUGAGCGACGCAGACUCGGAUGCCACGGAGACUCAGACUGAGCCUUGUCGCGUUUACCAGCCCCCCAAACGGUUGACCGACAAUAAUGAUGGGGGAGAGGAUCGGUAUUGGGAUGUGGCGCGGAUAUCGGAAUCGGCCCAGAGACGUAGAUCUGGUAGGGGUGAAUCUAACGAUGGGUAG